AAGGAGACAUCAACCUCAUAUAUUUAAUUGAAUGAGAGCAAAAGACCCUCUAAAAGUCUUUAUUCAAACCUUGAAAAAUGACAGGCUUAUCUUCCCUCCACCUUGUUGACAACUACUGAUUGAGAGAAAGAAUUAAAGAACCUUGAAAAUAAAUCAAGAAUCUCAAAUGACUACUCACCUAAAUCUUCUGAAAGUAACUCCAUUAUUGUUUUUCUAAGAUCAAGAAACAUUAUCUAUCAAUGGCUAUGAACACCAGAAAACUACUACAAACUACAAACCAAUCAACAGAUUGUUUGUAUUUUUGUGAUUCAACAUGUCCUUAUGGUUGUAAUCCAUAUGUAGACUUGGAUUAUUACACACCACCACCACCACCUCCGCUACAAUUAAGUAGCAAACAUCAUCAGAAUAUAUCACCUUAUGUUAUCAUCUCUGUUGCCUUAUUUGCUAGCUUGUUUCUUCUUUUUAGCUACUAUUUGAUCAUUGUGAAGAACUGCUUGAAUUGGAACAGGAGAAGAAGUGCUUCAGCACAAGGCUUUGAUGAAGAAUUUUUCGACGAAAAUCGAGCUCCGGUAAUUGAUCAUCCCAUUUGGUACAUCAACACUGUGGGUCUUCAGCCAUGUGUUAUUGAUAAGAUUAGUAUUUUCAAGUUCAAAAAAGGGAACGGUAUGAUUGAAGGAUCAAACUGCUCUGUUUGCUUGAAUGAAUUCCAAGAUGAUGAGAGUCUUAGAUUACUCCCAAAUUGUAAACAUGCAUUUCACAUCCAUUGUAUUGACACAUGGCUUAGAUCACAUACAAAUUGUCCCUUGUGUCGUGCUGCUAUCGAACCGAGUUUAGGUACCAAUGAAGAAAGGAUGCUGGAAAUUGAUGAACAGAGAGAUGAUAUUGGAGAAGUGACUAGUAACAAUGAGGCCACAGAUGGCGAGAUUUACGAAAAUGAGACAGCGGCUGCUGGUGAGGUUUUGCAGAUAAGAAGUUCAAGAAAAGAAGUUAAUAGGAAAUGGGAUAGUGUACAAGCAAUGAGGAGGUCUGUUUCAGUAGAUUCUUCAAUUAUAGGACUUGAUAUGGCUAUGUUAUCAAGAAUUAGUACACAUGAAAUGGGUUAUGUUGAAGCUGUUGCUGAAAAUUCAAGUUCAAUGGCGUUGUCACUACAUAAAGAGCCUUUUAUGAUUAAGAGAUCAUUUUCAUAUGGUGGUAGGUCUUUCUUCUCAAGACAUCAUCGUAGCUCCAGUUCAUACAACACUAGCUAGGAUAAUGUGGAAGUUGAAGGAACAAUGUUCUUUUCUUAAUGGGAUUUAAGAUCCUAAACUGUGAAUAACAUCAGCUUUACCAAUUGGUUUGCACUCAUUGUAACAAAUUUUUAUUCGCUAGUUAAUUCCGGAAAACCUCCCAAGAUUGUGUGCAGUAUUUAAUACCACAAUAAUUAUUAUCUGGAAGGACAUGAAUAAGGACUUUGCUGAUCAAGAAGAGGUAAAUUCGAUUUGCAUAAUGAAAUUUGGUUAACAUUCUGCAGUAUUUUACGUUCUAAUCUCCAAAGUUGAUGGUCAGAGGAAACAUUGGACUUUGAGAUAAUUCUUCAGGGAAUGGUUGCUUAACACUUUGAUUACAAGACUCGUCCAGUGAUGCUUUCCUUGGAAUCGAAGAAACGAAGACUCAUUCAUUACGAACCAAUACAAUUUUUGUAGAAUCAAAUUGAAAGCGAAAACAAAUGGUUGAUACCAAUUUAAGAUA